AUGAGUGGUGCACAGGUGUCCAAGAAGAGGAAGUUUGUGGCCGACGGCGUCUUCAACGCCGAGCUCAAUGAGUUCCUGGCGCGAACCCUCGGUGAAGAUGGCUACGCUGGGGUCGAGGUCCGAGUAACGCCGAUCCGCACGGAGAUCAUCAUCCGCGCCACCAGGACCCGCGAGGUCCUCGGCGAGAAGGGCCGCCGGAUUCGCGAGCUGACCGCCUUGGUCCAGAAGCGAUUUGGCUUCCCAGAGAACAGUGUGGAGCUCUUUGCCGAGCGUGUGGAGAAUCGUGCCAGCUGCGCCAUGGCCCAGUGCGAGUCCCUGCGCUUCAAGCUCAUUGGCGGCCUGGCAGUCCGCCGCGCCUGCUACGGCGUCCUGAGGUUCAUCAUGGAGAAUGGCGCCAAAGGUGUGGAGGUCAUCAUCAGCGGAAAGCUCCGCGCGCAGCGAGCAAAGGCCAUGAAGUUCAGGCAGGGCUACUUGAUCUCCACUGGUGAGCCAAAGAGGCACUACAUCUCGGAGGCCGUCCGCCACGUGCAGAUGCGACAGGGCACGAUCGGGAUCAAGGUCAAGAUCAUGAUGUCCCACGACCCCGAAGGAAAGAUGGGUCCGAAGAUGCAGCUGCCGGAUGCCGUGAUCGUGCAUGAGCCGAAGGACGAGGCCCCGCCGAUGAUGCCGCCCGCUGAGGACCAGGGCUACAACCAGGGCUACGACAACCAGGGCGGCUACGACAACCAGGGCUACUGA